GCAUAUACUUGCAUUUCUUAUAUUAAAUAUAAAACAUGUGUAUAAAAAAUAAAUUGCGGACAGAUUUAACAUUUUUUUACGCCGAUCAGCAAGUUAUGUAUGCAACAGUAUGCCAGCGUAUAUUCCGUGAAUUUAAUUGGCAAAUUGUAUUGCAGAAGACAUGUCUGUCUGCCGAUUGAAUCGCGUAUUUGCCGAUGAGUGAAGCUGCUCGGCAAUGUGUAUUGCAGCUUCUGCCGAUCGGUAAAACGUGCUGAAUUAAAUGUCGUAGACGCACCUUCAUGCCAGAUUAUUGCGUAAACCGUGUAUUGCAGAAGGCAAGAAGCGCGGAAAAAUAUACGAAAAUAACCGCAGGAGAAUCUCGAGAGCUGAUUGACCAAUGAAAUACGAGGGACCGCCCAAUCGGUCUCUCCCGCUACUGUUCGUGUCCGUUUAAACUAUCUUCUGCUACUUCUCCAUGUACAGCUCCUUUCUCUCUCUUCCUCUUCGUCGCUCUUCCGUUCUCUUCGUGACGAUGUCAACGACGACGAGGAGUAUACAUCAUCUCGUCUGUGCGAGGUGUAGUAGAAACACAGUAGAGAAACGCCGUUCCACCACUUUCCUUCCACCCUUCCUCCCCGUUUCUUUGUGAGACAACGCGACGAGUCGAUUCUACGGUUCUCUCGCCGUCGUCAGUUGGAAAGCGCUUCCCGUUGGCGAAGCGUCUCAGCUGAGCGUUUCUUUCGAGUGCUCCUCGUCGUCGAUCGUACCGCGAGUACUUUCGAGUGCAUACGCGUGAUACAUUCCAGAUCAGUGCGUGAGGGGGUUGCAAAAGUGCAUUGAACAGAGAAAACACGGCACGAGUUUCUAAUGCGACACGCGGCGAACGAGAUGUGACAUGUUAUUUAGGACGCGAUGAAAGAAACGCUGGUGAAGCAGGAGAUCAAAAUGGAAUGGGACGGUCAUCACACGAACAAUAAUUCACCGCAAGUUCCUGGAAGCGAGGAACAGACAACCAGCAGUCCUCAGAGCGUAAUAACGACCAGAAGACACGUGAGGACCAUCACCACCGCUGGUCACAUAACCGAAAGUAUCGCCGAGGUCGAGCCGGAAUCGCCAGAUUCCAAUUCGGUCGCCGACAAUCUUCAUCACGGGCUUCAUCAGCAGAGAAACGAGCAGCACGAGCAAGCUCAGCAGCGUAAUUACCAAGAGGAGCAGCAACAAGCGCAUCAGGCGCAGCAGCAUUACGUGCAGAUCUCUCAUCCGGGCGCCGAGGAUCAGUCACGCCCGGCGGAUCAGCAGCGCGUCGUUUACGCCACCAGCAACGGGCAGGAGGUUCAGGUGGAAGUCUCGGAGACGUCGGCGACCACCAUCACGUUGACGGUUAAGGAACCGCCCAGGUACGAGACGCCUGCGCAGGACAGAACGGAAAUGGAUCGGAUGUACGCUUAUUCCGACGGUCACGAGGUCCGGCGGGACAACCAAGUGAUCACCGUGCAGAUGCCGCCCGAUCAUCGGCGAGGCCCGCACGCGGGACACAGAUUCAGCCCUCACGAGAAUCACCAAACGCCCUCCGGGACGAACGUCGGCGCCAGGUACCAGGCGUCGCCGGUGCUGGCCGCCGCGGAGGAUUACGACGCCACGACGAUCGUCACGCAGCCGGGAUCCACGGUGCAUCUCGGGUCACCCGCGCCACCGUAUUCGCCGCCGAUCGACGGUAUUCGCGCCGGCCAGCAGCUCGUGGCGACGAGUUACGCUGACGCGAGCGGCGGUGUCGUCAAGUACGAUACCGAAGCCGCGGCGGCCGCGGAAAGCAUCAAACCCAGCACGUACACCACCCUGGAGACGGUCGCUAUUCCGCCCACGCAAACCAUUCAGUACACGCAAUACUUGCCGAGCAACGAGACUUACCAGCAGGCGCCGACAUACAGCUACGCUAAACCGGGAGAUCCUGUAAUCCUGGCGUAUCCACCGGCGCAGCUAGGAUCGAGAGCCACUGAGGUGGAAUCACCCAGUGGCGCGUACAUAAAGGGCGAUCCUACGCUAGCGUCGUCUUUAACCGCCACUCGAGCGGUGCCGCUACAUUACGAGCCGCCUGGCUCUCCGGGCUCGCAAGUGACUCUGUACAGCACAGGGGCGUCGUAUCAAUACGUGAAAACGCCUUCGGGCGAUCCUUACUGGCCGGCCGGUAGCACACCCUCGCCCCCGACCUUGGAAUACGUUCAAGGAUAUCCGGGCAUCACCGCGAUCUCUGUCAGCGACGCUACGAAUAUGCAACUGUACUCCGGCGGCGCAUAUAGCGUUUCCGCAAGCGGGAAUGGGCCACCCUCGUGGACAACCCUUUCGCUACCUGGCGGCGACGAGUUCGACAGUACUGUCCUUGCAACCGAACCGAAGGAAUGUGCUAAUUGUGCGGUCAACAUGACGCCAUUAUGGAGACGAGACAAUACCGGCCACUACCUUUGCAAUGCCUGUGGAAUUUACACCAAGUUGAACGGCGUCAGCAGACCGCCUAUAAGAUGCUCGAAGCCGAAGCAGUCGGUCACACCGGUAAACACUACCAGCGUACGGAGGACGGGAGUGCAAUGUGCAAAUUGUAACACAAGCAACACGACCCUUUGGAGACGAAACAACAGUGGGGAGCCUGUCUGUAACGCGUGCGGCCUUUACUUCAAGCUGCAUAAUGUGAAUAGGCCGUUGAGCAUGAAGAAGGAAGGAAUACAGACACGAAAGAGAAAACCAAAGAAUCACUCGGGAAUCGCUGCAAAUCUACCUGGAACCAGUGGUAUUCACAAGGCCGAGAUUAAAUCCAGUCUACUCGUGGACUCGUUGCAGUUGAACAUGUACGCAAGCGGGGGUGGGGGUGGUGGAAGGGUUCAAGAGCAUUGUCUUCCUGUAGGUACACCGACUGGGGCACAAUUAGGGCAUGCACACUCGCCUCUCGCAUUACCUACCGCCGCCGUGUUGAAUCGUCAAACCACCCUUACCGUGCCACCAAUAGAACCAAUCACUAGUCAGUCUAGCAGUGACCUCGCUUCGGUUAUAACAUCAACCACAGCUGUCCAUGCAAACAGACCGUAGGGAUCCACAUUCUGUUCGUAUCGGUAAAACUUGUGGGAAAUACUUACCGAUUGUAGCUUUAAACGAGCGCUGUAAAGUUGGAACGAACGUGCAUCGACUUCGUAAAUGGUUACCGAUAUGGAAAUGCUUUACUCAGCGAUAGAAACACGAUUCUGUCCAUCACAAAUAGCUAAAAUAUUUUGUAUAAAGAAAAAAAAAUAGCGCGUAUACAUUAUAAAUGUUCGUACUCAGUUAUUUAGUGCUGAAUAAAAACAUCCUAUCUACAUUAAUUUCAUGCAAAAAAAAAUGAGAUUUAGCAUUAAACGCAUAAUGUCAAUGCAAAUCGAAGGAGGAUCGAUGUCUAAUUAUUACGAUUUUCGGAAACGAUUAUUGAAAUGUAUUCCGAUUUAUAUUUAUUGCUAAAAGUACAGUAGUUUCUAGAUACAGAUAUACUGUUUGAAACCGGCCGACGAUUUAUAAUAAGGAUAACUUCGUUUAUCUUUCGCAAAUUUUCUCGGUUGCUCACCGUGAAGAGGGUGAGACAACAAAGAGAGAUAAAGCAUUAUCAAAGAAAAAGGAGCGAGCACGAGAUAAGGAGCUCAGGUAUCUUAUACCUGGAAACUACUGUAGAGUAGUUGUACCUAAUAAAUCUAUCUCAGCUUUUUUGAGGAUUAAGUAGCGUGGCGCAUUUUAAUCGAUUUAUUCCACUCUGCUAUCUCUUCUGUUGCGCUUUACGUAUGUUAUUUUUAAUUUUGCAAAAUAACAGAAGCAGAUGUUUCGUAUGGCACACGCAACAUUUUCCGUCUCUUCUUCCUACAACCGAUAUUGUAGACUACUGUGUCGCAGCAUGUGACUGAAUUGACACGCUACCUAUCAGAAAAAAUGGAAAAUAUAAUUAUUAUAUUAAGGAAAAAUAUAACAAAACUAUGAAUUUUAUGAAAUAUUUGAUAAAUAGUGAAAAAUUUACUUAAAGUCUCUUGUUUUGUAGAUACAGAUUACGGAAAACGGAGAUUCUAGUCCUAAUUAUUUUAUCCCAGUAGGUGAAUUAUUAGCAAUGUUGGCUGUCUGGGAUUAUGCAUCGAUUGUUUUUAUAAAUAAAUGUAGUUCUCAGCUUGAAUUCUACAUUUGCCAUGUUUAGGACAGUGCAGAAUAUUUUACAUCGUUAAUCCAAUAUUUAUCGUGCGACUUGUACUUAAUACAUGUGUAUGUACUCUGGUUCGUUUGCGCAAUCUUGUAAAUAUGCAUUUACGCCGAUCCAAAGAUAUAUGUGUAUCUAGAUAUGUAUAGGUGUAUAUCUUAAUUUUCUCCAAAGAGUAAUAUAUAUCGUAUAUAACUGGAAAUCGUCCUCAUUAAAAAUAUGACAUUUUUCGAGAUAAUAUUCAGAUUACUUUGAUCAACAAUAUUUAUCAAUAUUGUAUCAAACUUUGCAAAUAGAAUCAAACUUUGCAAUUAUGCAGAUGUCUUGUCAUUAAAGAAAUCGUAAUUAUACAUUAUAUAAAUGGAAUCAUUUAAUCUAAAUAAUAAAUAUAAUUGUAGUAGUAAAUUCUUAACUUCUUCAAUAGCCAUUAAUUCUUAUUUUCUCACUAUUUUUUACAAUUUGAACAUUAUCAACUAUGCAGUAAUCUAAUACACUUAAUAAACAUCAACCUCUCAUAAAGAAAAUAAUGAGAGAAAAAGGUAGUGAUAUAAACAUGUGGGCAUCGAUGUGCCGACCAGCGCGCAGUUUAUAAUUCUGUUAUAUAAAACAGGAAGUGCGCUAUUCUAGAGUUAAUAAAGAAAAUUAAUUGUGCGUGAAUUCGCGUUUUCCGGCGAGUUUACAGACUAAUGUCCGCAUUUCUCUUCUCCUCUGUUGACGGUGAUGCGUAAUGUAUUAGGCAGAAUAGUUUGCAGGAUUGCAAGCUGCUCGUAAUUAUGCGACGCGAUAAGAUGGGAAUAAGAUGCUUGCGAGAGCUGUGAGUCUCGCCGUGCGACAGCAGCUCGUCAUAUCUCAACGCGAGAGGUUUCCGCGCAGAUAACGUCUGUCUGUAAGUUACCCAGUGUAAUUUAAUAAUUAGCGCGUGAAUUUAGUAAUUAGUGAGAAUAUUGUAAAUUAUUUUAUUAGCGUUGCACAUAGCGUUCCGCCACGCGGAAGCUCGAGCGGCGGAUAUUUAGCGUCGGAAUGGAAGUGCACAAAGUACGAUUUGAUCGCGAUUACCGGGCGUUUUGCUGUAUGCUAAUAACAUGUACAUCGCAUAAUAAGUGUGAGGAGAAUAAAGUACAAAGCGCACAAAUC